AUGCGAAUGGCAAACGUAACGUUGUGCCUUUGCAACAUACAGUGCAGUAUAGGAAAAAAAAAAAAUAAUAAUAAAAUAAAAUAUUGCAUUGAACAAGCGUAAAAAUGGCCGUGUGAAAUGGCAGCACGACGAUCAGUGUUGACGAACCCUGAAUCCCUAACAGGGACAGUAAAUACCGAUCCUUUAAGAGAACUUUUUGAAGCCUGUAAAACUGGUGAUUUAGCAAGGGUGAAAAAAUUAGUGACUCCAAAAACGGUCAAUGCUCGUGAUACUGCAGGUCGGAAAUCAACUCCUCUUCACUUUGCAGCUGGUUACGGUAGACGAGACGUGGUUGAAUUUCUUCUUUUAGCUGGUGCAUCGAUUCAGGCUCGUGAUGAUGGAGGACUUCAUCCUUUACAUAAUGCCUGUUCCUUUGGACAUUAUGACGUUGUAAGACUUUUAUUAGAAGCAGGAGCCAAUCCAAAUACUCGUGAUAAUUGGAAUUAUACACCAUUACACGAAGCAGCUAUUAAGGGAAAAAUUGAUGUUUGUAUUGCAUUAUUGCAACACGGAGCAGAUUCAAAUAUUAGAAAUACAGAAGGGAAAACAGCUCUCGAUUUAGCGGAUAUAGCGACAAAACCAGUUUUGACGGGCGAAUAUAAAAAAGAUGAAUUAUUGGAAGCUGCUAGAUCGGGUAACGAAGAACGUCUCUUGCAACUUUUAAAUCCUUUGAAUGUCAAUUGUCACGCCAGUGACGGACGUCGUUCAACGCCUCUACAUUUAGCCGCAGGAUACAAUCGUUCGAGGGUCGUUCAAAUUUUAUUACAAAACGGAGCUGACGUUCAUGCAAAGGACAAAGGAGGUUUAGUGCCACUUCAUAACGCUUGUUCGUAUGGUCACUUUGAUGUGACUGAGGCGUUGUUAAAACACGGAGCAGCAGUUAAUGCCAGUGAUUUGUGGGCAUUUACACCUUUACACGAAGCAGCAAGUAAAUCAAGGGCGGAAGUUUGUUCUCUUCUUUUAAGUGAAGGAGCAGAUCCAACGCAGUUAAAUUGUCACAGUAAAAGUGCUAUCGACGUCGCUCCAACCCUGGAGCUCCAAGAGAGAUUAGCUUACGAAUAUAAAGGCCAUUGCCUUUUAGAUGCUUGUCGACAGGCAGAUUCAACGAAAUUGAAAAAAUAUUUAUCACCUGAAGUGGUGAAUUUUAAACACCCUUAUACGGGUGACACGCCUUUACAUUGCGCUGUCGCUUCACCUUUUCCAAAAAGAAAACAAAUUAUUGAAAUUUUAAUUCGAAAAAGUCCCACAUUGAAUGAGAAAAAUAAAGAUUUUCUUACACCUCUUCACGUUGCUGCCGAUCAUUCGCAUUACGAUGCAAUGGAUAUUCUUUUAAGACACAACGCCAAAGUUAAUGCACUGGAUGGAUUAGGACAAACGGCAUUGCACAGAUGCGCAAGAGAGGAUAAUGUGCAAGCAUGUAGAAUUCUUUUAUCGUACAACGUAGAUCAAUCAAUUGUAUCUCUUCAAGGAUAUACUGCAGCUCAAAUAGCCACUGAGAAUGUUUUGAAAAUUUUACAAGAUCCACCAAAUGGAACUGAAGACGUGGAAGCUCAACUUCUAGAAGCGAGUAAAUCUGGCGAUUUAACGGCAGUUGAAAGAAUUCUUCAAUCAAAUCCACAUGCGGUUAAUUGUCGAGAUUUAGACGGUCGACACUCGACGCCAUUGCAUUUUGCAGCGGGUUACAAUCGUGUUCCCGUUGUGGAAUAUCUUCUUGCACAUGGAGCUGAUGUUCAUGCUAAAGAUAAAGGCGGUCUGGUACCACUUCACAAUGCUUGUUCUUACGGCCACUAUGAAGUGACGGAACUUCUCGUGAAACAUGGAGCAUCAGUAAAUGUGGCAGACCUUUGGAAAUUCACACCACUUCAUGAGGCAGCAGCGAAGGGAAAAUGUGAAAUUGUAAGGCUUUUAUUGAGGCAUGGUGCAGACGCGACAAAAAAGAAUCGAGACGGUGCAACACCAUUGGAUUUGGUGAGAGAAGGAGAUCAGGAUGUUGCAGAUCUUCUUAGAGGUAAUAGCGCGUUAUUGGACGCAGCAAAGAAGGGAAAUCUUGCAAGAGUUCAAAGACUUGUUACUCCUGACAAUAUUAAUUGUAGAGACGCACAAGGACGAAAUAGUACGCCUUUACAUUUAGCAGCUGGAUACAAUAAUUUAGAUGUAGCUGAAUUUUUAUUAGAGCGAGGAGCUGAUGUGAAUGCACAAGACAAAGGUGGUUUGAUUCCUUUGCACAAUGCCUCGAGUUAUGGCCAUUUGGACAUAGCUGCAUUAUUAAUAAAAUAUAAUACGGUGGUAAAUGCAACCGAUAAAUGGGGCUUUACACCUUUGCACGAGGCUGCUCAAAAGGGUCGAACACAGUUGUGUGCUCUUCUUCUCGCUCAUGGCGCUGACACUUUCUUGAAGAAUCAAGAAGGACAAACGCCUGUGGAUUUAGCUAGUGCCGAUGAUGUUCGAUGUUUAUUACAAGACGCAAUGGCAUCGCAACAAGUCGUUCCCUCGAUGCCAUCGUCAAAUGUCAGUAAUAUUGUCGGUACCAGUAGAUCACCAAGCAUCGUAGCAGUUCCCGUUUCACCGCCACCAUCGCUCACUCAAGAGACUGUAAUAUUACCGUCCGGCGCAGCAAUCACACUAUGUGUACCAAUAGCUCGUCCAUCAUCUUGUAUAAGUCCAAUGACAUCAUCGGAACAAAAUUCAGAUCGUGAUAUAAAAGACGAUGAACGAAAUGGUAGUAAUGCAAUUACAAAUAUUUCUGGUUUUCUACAGAGUCUUGGUUUAGAUCAUCUUCUUGAAUUAUUUGAACACGAGCAAAUAACGCUUGAUAUUCUUGCCGAAAUGGGACAUGAGGAUUUAAAGGACGUUGGAGUUAAUGCUUAUGGUUAUAGGCAUAAAUUAAUUAAAGGAAUGGAUAAACUUUUGAGUUCAGCGGCUGGUUCAAUUUGGCCGCCAUCAGCUAAUCCAGGAACAUUAUUGGUUGAUCUUUUAACUGAUGAUAAAGAAUUUUUAGCUGUUGAAGAGGAAAUGCAAAAUACAAUUCGCGAACAUCGCGAUAAUGGUAUUUCGGGUGGUAUUUUCUCGAGAUACAAUAUUGUUAGAAUUCAAAAAGUGCAAAAUCGAAAAUUAUGGGAGCGCUAUGCACAUAGACGACAGGAAGUGGCUGAAGAAGUUGGAGCUGCUGCACCAACUUCACCGAGUUCCUUAACAAGAAUUACGUCAAAUUUAUCAUUACCACAGGCAAAUGAAAGGAUGCUUUUUCAUGGAAGUCCUUUUAUUAAUGCUAUUGUACAAAAAGGCUUUGACGAACGACACGCUUAUAUUGGCGGAAUGUUUGGAGCUGGAAUUUAUUUCGCCGAGCAUAGUAGCAAAAGUAAUCAAUAUGUUUAUGGAAUUUGCGGUGGUACCGGUUGUCCUGCUCACAAGGAUCGAAGUUGCUAUAUUUGUCACAGGCAUUUGUUACUUUGUCGUGUAACGCUUGGAAAAUCAUUUCUGCAAUUUUCGGCAAUGAAAAUGGCGCACGCACCACCUGGACACCAUAGUGUAAUGGGCCGACCUUCGCAAGGAGGUUUAGUGUUUCCAGAAUAUGUGGUUUAUAGAGGUGAGCAGGCAUAUCCUGAAUAUUUGAUAACUUAUCAAAUUGUCCGACCCGAGCAAGAAACUGGUGGUUCUGGUGAAGGAAGUGAGGAACGGUGAUCGCAAGAGACUGGCCCAGCGGCACAAUUGCGUCGUCUCUGCUGUUGUCAGAGAUCAAGGGCAUGCGAUUCAUUGUCCUAGUUUUCUCUCAAAUUUUUCAUCUCCAAGAGCUUUCUUACAUCGCCCUUUUUGCCACAUCUCAACUAAAUAAAUUCUACAAGGGUGAAUUAUUAUUAUUAUUUUUUUUUUUUGUUGUUCUUGCUUGAGAUAUUUGGACUUGCAUUUCUGUGAUCCCUUAUCUAUUCGCGUCUUCAAACAUUUUCGUUACCAAAAUUAAUAAAAAAAAAGCGAAGGAAUGACGCGAUUUUCUAAUUGUGUGUGAUUGAAAUGAAAAAAAAAAAAGAAAAAACGUAAAAAGAGAAUGAAAGAGAAUAAAAUAAGAGAUGUACAAAUUCUGGAAAAAUUGAGUAUGUCAGUAAAUUGAAAAUUUUCAUUUUAUUGAUAAAUACAAUUUUGUUUUUUAAAGUAGUUUUUUAAACUACAUUUUGAAUUUUUUUUAGUACAUCUCACUUGAGAAAUUUAUUAGAAAAUAAUAGGUUUUUUUUUUUGUUCAAUUUAAUUGUAAAAUUUUCUAUGUAAAUUUAAAAAAAAAGAAUUCCAGUAAAAUGGGAUUAUAUUAUUGAAAACAUAAUGCAAUGAGAUAAACAUUUUUUUUAGCUUUAUUUAUUUAUUAAUUGGUGCUGUGUAAAGGAUAUUAUUAUUAUUGGGGGAUAAAAAAUUGUUAAUGAUGACUUUUCUUUUUUAUUUGCGUGUACUUUCAAAAAAGUUUCUCUUUUAAAAAAAGAAAUGUCAAUCAUUUUAAUAAAAAAAAUUUUAACACUUUAGAAUAAGUUAUAAGAAAGAUGAAAGACAAAAAAAAAACGAAAAAUGUAAUUUUUCAAACACUGCCUGGCUGUGACCUUGGAAAGUUUGAAAGUCAAAUAUCUAAUAUUCUAAAUAGAAAAUCUUAUUUAAAAAAAAAAUUAUUACUAUUAAUAAUAACGAUUAGAUGAUUCAUAGAUUAAAAAAAAGAAAAUUUAGGGCAAUAAUCGGAAAAAAAAAUUCUCAAUUUUUCCAAAGUUUCCAUUCUAUUAACUGAGUGCUGCAUCUCUAGUCACAUUAAAAUUAUGUACCUCGAUUUAAAAAAAAAAAAAACUUUUCCUGUAAUAUAAAUUUGAAAAAAAAAGUUUUUCUGUAAUAUUGAAUAAUUUUGAAAAACAAUUUGUAAUAUAAUUUUGAGAAAAAAAAAAGAACAAAGAUAUUUAUAUAUGGUUACAACGAUUCAUUGAAAUGUUUUCAAAAAAAAAAAAAUUCCGAUUAGUCCUUAACGCUUAGAAAAAAAAGAUCUCAUUUCAAAUGAAACGAAAAAAAUAAUAUAAAUGCUUCAUAAAUACUUUUGGGCAUUCCAUUUUUUAAUAGGUAUUAAAAUUUUUUUUUUUUUUUUGCAUUCUUAAAAAAAAAAUAUAUAUAUAUAUAUAUUUGCAUUUUACAUUUUGUAUUUCUGCCGAUUAUAUUAAAAAAAUAUAUAAAUUAUACAUAGUAAUGGAGUAAAGACUAAAAGAAAAAGAAAAUAAAAUAAAUAAAUACUGCAAUUGCAGCAUUUAUUAAUUAAAUAAAUAAUUUUCGUUUUGACAUCGAAUUAAGCGCCAUAGAUUUAAAAAUAAAAAAAAAAAAAAGAAAAUUGAUGGAAUGCAUUUUUUGAAGGGUCGUAUAUUGUUUAUACGUGUGUGUUAAACCCUGUAUGUUCUGUAAUAUAUAGACAAGUUUACUUGAAAAUUGUAAAAUUAUCCCGCUAGCAAAUUAUAUUCCUGUAAGUAUUUAAAAAAAAACACACAAAUUUCUUCUCUACGAAUUACGAAAGUGUAAAAGAGCGUAAAAAAAAAUUGUUUUAUAUGCGAGGAAUUCGUGAAAUUGAAUGCUUUUCAAAUAAUAUUAAUGUGAAAUUCAAUUACGUGAUCAAUUCAGUUCGUGUGUAAUGAAUUUAGUGUAAACUUCUCUAUUAAAUAUAUUAUCAAAAUAUUAAUAAUCAA